UUUUUGUCAUUUUCAAAUUUCCUGCCGUUCCGUCCCCGUCCGUCCCGACGCUCGCAGGGGACGGAACCCAGAUGACAGAUGCCGGCAUCCGCCGGAGGACAUUGCCUGGGACACUGCAGGAGGGACAUCGCGGGAGUGCAGGACAAGGUAAGUGAUCGAGGGAUUCUGGAGCAAUGCCGCAUGGUAAGCUCAGGGUUACCGCUUGUGGUACUGAAACUUUACCCCGAACUACACUCGGGAAUACCGCCAGGGGGGCUAUUAUCUGCUUUUAAAAUAAACUUUAUCAAUGUCCUCAGAAGU